UUUUUCUUUACAUUUGAAUUCCACACAAUUUAUAUAUACAUAUUUUUUUGCAUUCAUCAUUCAUUAAUUCAUUUGCUUUUUGUCUCUUUCAAAUGUUGAACAGCAGCAUACACAUCAGAAGCAGAAGCAGCACAGCAGGACUACUGGCGGGCGCCCCAGUGACCAAAGCAUGGCUAAUGUCGCUGGUCACCGCGGCACUAAGCGUAAACAUAUUCAACCUGCACCGGUACCUCCCACCGCUGCGCGCGCUGGAGCGUAUCUUUGGAUCACACAAAUACUUUUCGUUUCUCCUUGUGUCUCUUCUCACAACACAAGCGAUGGGAUAUAUAUGCCGCUUUUGGCUACACGUGCCGUCGCACAUGUUUUUCAGCAUUCAUUUGCCAUGGUUCAAUAACUCUAGUGGCACUAAUGGGAGGGGGGUCGUGAGGGUUGGCGAUAAGUGGAUGGUUUGCGGAUGGUUUGCGUAUUUUGCUUAUAAGGUGGGAUUGGCUGCUGGGUUUGUGUUUGAGGCGGAUGUGGGUGGGCUGAGAAACUGGAGAGCUCCGAGAUGGAGUCUUUGGGCCGACAAGAACGACGGCAGUCGGAAUCAAAGUCGCGGCGGCAUUGGAGUGGCAUUGGGAAUGGGCGGAUGGAUAGCCAUGGCACAACAGGGCUGAUGGAUUGGCUGCUGUGAUACAAGUUGGAAGGAGCUAAUGAAAAAAUGGAAUGAUAACAGUAUUCUAUUUUUAUUUGCGAGCCUUUUAAUUUUUCCUGCUAUCAUACAUUUUCACUGAGAAAAUAAAUAAAAUAAAAAUGGACAGAGAGUGGAAAGCGU